UGUGUGUAUCGCUGGCUGUCAGCACUAGCAAAAGCAUUUUUGCUGGAGUCUAACCAUUUUAUUUUAGUUAAUAAAAUAUAUAAAUUUUCUAUUUUUUUUCGUUGUGCGCGUAUGAAAAGUGCAAUAAGACAAUCACGCGACAGUUACAAGUGUAAUAAGGGGCUCGCUCGUUGUAAAAAACGCAGAUUUGCAACAAAAUUUCACACAUCUAAAUAAUUUUUUUUUUGUCGUUCGUUUUGGCCCCCCGUACAAUAGUAAAAAGCCAACCUUGAGAAACACCCAGCACAUCAGUUUCCACCAGUUUCACUGCGCUCGAAACACGGUUUCGUGAUCUCGGCUAGAAACAGAUACAUAAUCGGUUUUAUAUUGUCGAACUGUCGCAAUACCCUUUUGGCCCCUUGGAAGCAAAGCGCGGCGGCGGAGCCAUUAUUGAACCAACAUGGACAGGAUGCGGACGGUGAAGGAAGUUCGCAACGAGAUAAUUGUUGGCGGCAAAUAUCGGGUGAUACGCAAGAUCGGCAGCGGCUCGUUCGGUGACAUCUAUUUGGGUAUGAGCAUCCAGAGCGGCGAGGAGGUUGCCAUCAAGAUGGAGAGCGCCAAUGCACGCCAUCCCCAGCUGUUGUACGAGGCGAAAUUGUAUCGCAUAUUGAGUGGCGGCGUCGGUUUCCCACGGAUUCGUCAUCAUGGCAAGGAGAAGAACUUUAAUACGCUGGUCAUGGAUCUGUUGGGGCCAUCUCUUGAGGAUCUGUUCAAUUUUUGCACGCGUCACUUUACCAUCAAGACGGUGCUAAUGCUGGUCGAUCAGAUGAUCGGCCGAUUAGAGUAUAUACAUCUAAAGUGCUUCAUUCAUCGUGAUAUAAAGCCGGACAAUUUCUUAAUGGGCAUUGGAAGGCAUUGCAACAAGCUGUUCUUGAUUGACUUUGGCUUGGCCAAAAAGUUUCGCGAUCCAAACUCGCGCCUUCACAUCUUAUAUCGCGAGGAUAAGAACUUGACGGGCACGGCGCGCUAUGCCUCGAUCAAUGCCCAUCUGGGCAUCGAGCAGUCGCGACGUGAUGACAUGGAAUCCUUGGGGUAUGUGAUGAUGUACUUCAAUCGCGGUGUCCUGCCCUGGCAGGGCAUGAAGGCCAACAAUAAGCAGCAGAAAUACGAGAAAAUCUCCGAAAAGAAAAUGUCCACGCCUAUCGAGGUGCUGUGCAAGGGCUCACCGGCCGAGUUCUCCAUGUACUUGAACUAUUGUCGUAGCUUGCGUUUCGAGGAACAGCCCGACUACAUGUACCUACGUCAAUUGUUCCGCAUUUUGUUCCGAACGCUGAACCAUCAAUAUGAUUACAUCUACGACUGGACAAUGCUGAAGCAGAAGACCAACCAGGGCCAGGCGAAUCCCGCUCUGCUGCUGGAACAAUUGGAGCCGCGCAACGAUCGCGACAAGGAGAAAGAGAAACCGAACUGCAAACCCCUCAUCACCGAGUAAUUCAGCUGAAGCAGCAUUCAAUAAUCAAGCGGGUGGCAAGCGUUAAAAACAACAACAAAAUAAAUAAGAAAACAAACACAACAAGUGAAUGCAAGCAAUGUGGAAUGCGUUAAACAGAAAAUAAACGAAAAACAGCAUGGAAUGAUGAGAUGGAAAUGAGAGGAAAUGCGAGGAGAGAAGAAGCGAGCAGGAAGAAGAUGAGGAAAUAUAGGAAAGAACGGAAGUUAGGACGCUUCUUAAUAUUAAUUUAAAUUCAAUACUAAACAUUUAAGUGAGAAAACAACCUACAGCAGCGAUAAAUAUCUAAAUGGAAUUCACCAGCAACAACAACAACAAGCAGCAUACCCCUCCCCCCUAACACACACACACGCAGCACACACACAUUUAAACACACACACACGCCACUAUUCAUAUAUACACACUACACGAACCGCAAACACUUAGCAUAAUAAUAAUAAAGGCAAGCAGAAAGUAAAGAAAACAAUUAUGAAAACUUAAAAAAAAAAACUACAAGAAGAAAAAAAAAACAAAA